AUGCCGAGAAAAAUGCAGAGUAUGCAUGUAUUCGCUGCUUGUGUUAUCGGCUUGAUGUGUACUAGUUUGUACUUGAUACACAGACAUUUGCCAAGGCACUCUGAAUUCCUUCAGCAAGUCCAGCCCCACCUUCAUUUCACUCUGCAGAACCAGGCGAUGAUGCUAGGAAGUCAAGACUUCAAUCCCAUCAUGUCGAUCCCAACCCAGGGGCUCUUCCUCGCGCCCAGAGCGCGGUCGCUUGCCAUGGGAAAGGUCUGCCUCGACAGCUGCUAUGAUCAGUUCUUGGUAUGCACGAGUGGUCUUGGGUACAGAGCCAGCCGGUACCACGGCAAUCCGAUCAAUGGCAAUACGGCGGAUGUGAUUCGUGAGAAGUUCCCAUACUGCCAGCACAUUUAUCAAGACUACUGUAAACCACAAUGUUAA